UUCCCUAUUUUUGAGUUUUAAGACAUCGCAGCUCAUCUACCGCCAUAUCCCAAAUUCCCACCCACAUUCACAGAAUUUUUGUAGAGAGAGAAAGUGAGAAUUUGAGGAGUCAAAGAAAUGCAAGCCAAUUGCAAAGAUGAACUCCGAGCUAAAUCAAUGGCGUUUGCUUCAACAACGUCUGCUGUUCCUCAAACCCACCCUCCAUCAAAGGUCAGAGAAGAAGGAGAGCUCACUUCAUCUGACGACGAUGGUCCUGUGACUGGCUCCGUCAUACCGCCUCUAUCCGGGUCUGCUCCAAAUGCACCAUCAUCAAUGAGAACAACUUUGCAGGGUGUUAACUCAGGCAAGUUGACCUCUGGAACUCCUGGAGGAUCCACUUACAGUCAGGCCCAGACACCUUAUCGUAAAGGAUUUAGUAAGAACCAAGUUCAAUUAAAGCCGAGUAAUUCUGGAUGGCUUGCACGAGGUUCAAAUGAUAAUCUAGUGAUUAGUUUCUCAGAUGAUGAUGAUAGUGGUAGUGAUGUUGAAGAAAAAAGAAGCGGAAAGGCAUCAUCAUGUAGUAGACCUCCACUUGUGCUAAACAGCAACAGAAGACCACCUACUUUGCCACAUGUAACAAUGAAAACUGUCAGCAAGACUGCAAAAAAUGAAGGGAAGGCAAUUCUUCGAAAGGCGCCUUCAAGUCGCCCUUAUAUUUCAUCGAUGACCAAAAUUAAUGAAUCCAACGUGAAAAGUGGUUCAUCUGCAUUAGCUGAGCAGAAAUCUUGGCUGAAGAAUUCCAAUGCUACAGGAAAAAGCUUAGCAAGCCAGGAUUCUGGAUGCAGCAAAAACUUGGACAUGAGCAAUAGCAAGCUUGAAGACCUACGCCAUCAGAUUGCAGUACGUGAAAAUGAACUAAAGCUUAAAUCGGUGCAACAGAAUAAGGAAAAUGUCUCUGAGUCUUAUAGAGAGACCAAUACCUCGAGCCAAAGAAAAGCCUCAAGGAAAUGCAAAUCAGUACCUGACAAUUUACCGACACAACCUGAUAGAAAACGCUUAAAAACAGAUGCUCCCGGUGUGACUGUUAGUUGUAGCUUGUCAGACUGGAUUUCUUUGCCAAAGCAAAACACAUCGUUGAUGAAUGCAACUGACCCUCUAGAAAGAUCAAUGUCAAAGCAUCCAGGUGGGACAAGUAAGAAUCAGCCGUCAAGAUCUGCCCCAAACCAAGAUAUACAAGAAAGCAAUAAGAACAAGGUCAAUGAUAAUUGUGAUGCUACAUCUGCUCUCAAGAAAGUGAAGUCUACUUCUGAUGGUAGCUUGCAGGCGCACUCUCUACAAGUAUCAAAUAGCAAGUUUGAGACUCCUGACGUGCCUAUUGACAACUCUAAUCUCUCACUCCGUCUGGGGAGGUCUCAAGCCUUCAGAAGUGGUGAUUUGGAUCUACAGUCUAUGUUCGAACUGGAGGAAUUACAUGAUAAGGAGCUGGAAGAAGCACAAGAGCACAGGUGGAAAUGUGAAGUUGAAGAAAGAAAUGCUCUUAAUGCUUAUCGUAGAGCCCAGAGAGCACUACUUGAAGCUAAUGCCCAUUGCACUUAUCUUUAUCGCAAAAGGGAACUAUAUUCUGCCCAGCUUCGUUCUUGUCUGAUGGAAGAUUCAAGUUUAUUAUACUCUUCGAGGCAACGUAAUGAAGCUGAAGAAAAAUGGAAUUUGGCAAAUAAUAUAUCUGAAGUUAAUUUGGAUUUAAUUCCAUCAAGCCAUCAGCUAAAUGAGUUUGAAGCUGCUAACAGAUUAGGUUAUAAUUCAACAGUCCAAAGUGCAGAUGGUGAUGCACACAAUAGAUAUUCUGCAAAUGAGGAUGGACACAACAUAGGAUCUGAAGCAUGCAGUGAACCUGAUGCUAGCACAUCUGAUCUUGUUCGUGGAAAUAAUAUUGAUUCCAAUGGUAUUCGCUCACCAUCGGUUGAUCUCAACAUGUCCCCAGAUGAUGAUUGUGAGACCUUUCCUCUGGACAAUAGAUCUCUCCAUACCAAUGCAACAAUUCUAAGAUCAAAGGAAGAUUCUAAAGAAAAUGAGAAGGAUACAGACGUGGACUCCACUACUGGCUUCUCAACAGAUGGUUCUCAGGAUCCAUUAUUUCUUGAAGAAUAUCUGAGAUCCAAAUUGAUUUCACGGCUUGGGGUGAGUUCUUUAAAGCGUAACAGCAUUGGUGAUAACAGUGAAUCAGUGGUGGAUAGGGCUGCAGAGGAAGGCGUUGGUGUCAAGACUCAGAUUAUAGUGCAGAGUGUUUCAGUUUCUGAUCCUAAUGAUAGUCCCCAGCAGCCCAAAGACAGCAUAUCUAAGACUUUGCCAAACACUCAAAACCAGCAAGUUGUUGAAGAGCAUUGCUUAAGUGACUCUCCUGCUCGUAGUUUUAAUCCUGAGGAAUGCAGUUUUCUUUCUGUGGAUAUUGCAUCAACAUCUAUGAUUCCGUCAUCCUUUACAUUCAGGAGUGCAAUGAAGGCUGCCUGUUCAGCAAUUUUGGGUAGUAUGCAGAGUAAAGAACGUUACUAUGGAAACCUUGAUACACUCACUAAACAUAACUUCCUCUUCAGACAAAAUCAAGAUAAGUUAUGCUUGGAGAUGACAAGCUCUGCUGAGCUGCUUGUAAAAUGUGUGGGCUUUGGUAAGAUUGACUCUUAUACCAGCAAGUCGGUGAUUGAUCCUUUUUGGCCUUUGUGUAUGUAUGAACUUCGAGGAAGAUGCAACAAUGAUGAAUGCCCUUGGCAGCAUGCAAAAGAUUAUUCCGAUAGUGAUGAUCAUCAGUCUGCCUGGGCAUCAAAUAGUCAGAACCCUGUGGACCAGACAGAAUUUUCUUGUGUCUUGACCCCUCCAAAAUAUCUAGUAUGCUUGGAUAAUUUGAAGGAUGACUCCCAUGCUUCUCAUAAAAAUCGUGAUUUUGGGUCGUCUGGGAAAUAUAGUUUCAGCCAAUCUUUGGCUGUUUCAAGCUCCCUCACAAAACACCUUCCUUCGGAUGAACCUUGCUUGCAUGGCAAUGAUGGUUGUGUUGAUUCUUAUGGUGGCAGUGGGCAUUCGUUGUAUUUUCAAAGUAGAAAUGGCUCUGGGAAUCCACUGCGAAAUGGUUUAGCUGAUAAUGACCAAUCCCUUGAAAUGGCUCUUAUUGUAUUGAGUCAGGAGGUGAACAAAAAUGAGGGUAUGAAGAAGUGUUCUUAUAUGCAGGCUCUUUCUGUGCUUUCUCGAGCUCUUGAAGCCGAUCCUUCAUUUUUGCCUAUCUGGAUCAUUUAUCUGCUCCUGUUUUACUCUACAAAGUACUCCGUUGGGGUGUUCAGCAAGAAGAGUUCAGUUCCAGAAGAUGACCUUUUCUCUCAUGCUGUCAAGCACUGUGAGGCAUCAUAUGAGUUGUGGCUCUUGUAUAUCAACAGUCGUGGACAACUAGUUGAGCGAUUUUCUGCUUAUGAAAAAGCACUCAACAGGCUGUGCCACUAUUCAGCCACCAAUAAUGAUCAGUGGAAGCAUAGAAGUGCUACCAUCCUAGACCUGUUUUUGCAGAUGUUAUACUGUUUUUGUGUAUCUGGGAAUUUGGCAAAGGCAGUUUGGAGGAUCGAAAGACUUGUUCACACUGAUGGAGAUUCUGAUGAGUCUCAUUCUCUUUUGCUUUCUGAUAUUCUGCAAUGCUUAACAAUAUCUGACAAAUGUAUCUUCUGGGUUUGUUGUGUGUACUUAGUGAUCUACAGGAAACUGCCUGAUUCACUGGUGCAGCAGUUUGAAUUUGAGAAAGAUAUAUCUUUGGUAGAGUGGCCAUCUGUCCAUUUAACGGUUGGAGAAAAGCAGCAUGUGUCUAGGCUAAUGGAGUUGGCUAUUGAUUCAGUAGGACUGAAUAUAGACAGCGAAUCUCUUGAGAGCAACACUCUUAAAUCAGCUCAUCUAUUGGCAAUUAACCAUAUUAAGCUUAUGGAAGCUAUAGAUGGUGUGGAAAGUUGUAAAGCAAUUAUAGGAAAGUACAAAAACCUUAAUUUUUCAUGCUUAGAAUUCAUUUUAAUUUCGGCAAGAGCUCAUGAUUUUGGUGAUGAAAGUGCAAAACUUGAAGAAUUUGAGAAAACUGUAAGCAGUUGGCCUAAAAAUGUUUCAGGAAGUCAGUGUGUCUGGAAUCAAUAUGUUGAGUAUGCACUUGAGAAAGGCAGACCUGAUAGGGCAAAAGUAAUCAUGGACCAAUGGUUUCAGUCAGCUGGGGUGCCUCUGCUGCUUCAUAAUCGAUCAGUUGAUGGUGAGAAUGAUGACAGUAAGAGUGUAUCGGCAGAUCCUCAAUUGGAAUCCAAUUUGAGUACUAUGUCCAAUUAUAACAAUAUGGAUAUUGUAUUUGGGCUUCUUAAUCUGUCUCUUUAUAAAUUAUUCCAGAAUGAUGUACUUGAAGCUCACGAGGCAGUUGACAAAGCUCUGAAGGGUGCUAAUGGUGAAGUUUUAAGGCACUGCGUCAAGGAGCAUGCAGCAUUUUUGUUCCAUUAUGGAUCUCAGUUGACGAAGGAUGUAUCUAAUCGUGGAUUGAUAGACAUUCUGAAGGGUUAUAUCAUUCAUGCUCGGGCUAUUCCUGUCUUGGAACCAUUGACCAGAAAAUUCAUUCAAGAUAUCCGAAAACCUAGAACAAGGCAACUUGUUCAUAACAUGCUGAGUCCCAUUUCAUCUGAUUCUUUCUUGGUCAAUUCAGUUCUUGAGAUUUGGUUUGGUUCAUCUUUGCCUCCAAAAUUUGACCAGCUAAAAGAUAUGGUGGACUUUGUUGAAGCAAUUGUUGAAGUUUCACCUGCCAAUUGUCAGCUUGUGAUCUCUGUUUGUAAGAUGGUCUGCCGAGAUUUUGAUUCUAGCGAUUCUAAAUCUGCCAGUAUAUUGUUCUGGGCAAGCUCAUUACUGGUCAACACAAUAUAUCAUUCCAUCCCAUUCCCACCAGAGCAUGUGUGGGUGGAAGCUGCAGAUUUGCUGGGUAAGCUAACAAGCGUGCGUGAAAUCUUUGAUAGCUUCCAUCAGAGAGCCUUGUUAGUUUUUCCAUUUUCUAUCAAAUUGUGGAAGUCGUUUUCUAAUCAGUCAGCCGGGGCCAAAAAGAAGUCUAUUGUUGAAGCAGCUAGAGAGAAGGGGUUAGAAGUUUAGUAUCACUUCACAUCGUAUAGGAAGCAGCGCAUUGACCCAACGAUUGAAACUUUUGAACUUCUUAAGCUACAUAUUUUUUUGCUGGGUAAUUUAGGCAUGUUGAAACAUGUAUAGAAGGAAUAGAACGUUGUAAAUGAUUUUGGCAGUGUAGAGAUGUCAACAGGCAGAGAAAGUUACAGUUAUACACAGGAACAGGAAAAGUGUAAGUCCUCUUCAGUAACUGAGGAUAUUUUGGCUUAGCUUAGAACAGAUCAUUGUAAAUAAUACUGCGUACUUUUAAAAAAAAAUUUAAGUAUUGGAAUUAUUUUGUCAGUUUCAUCAUCGAAUUUUUAUA